AUUCUGAAUUAUAUCCAUAGAAACUAGACAAUUAUUUUUGAAAAAUAAGUACAGCAAAAAUCUGUGAUUGAUGUAUCUCUAGCUGCCUAGUGUCAGAUAACUUUCUGACAUUGAAAGCAAAUUUGUAACUGCCGUUCUUCACUGAGUCUCAAAAGGAUGGUGGGGAUGACACAUCCCCGUGGAAAAGAAGGCCGACACGUAACAUUUCGGGGAAUUGACGACGUCAUCCCUCCGAGAAGCCACGAGGAGACAGAUUUCGAAGAUGAUGACUCCUCGACAUCACUUCAUAAAUCAGUGUCCACCCUCAGCGACUACAUCGCAGCAGGUUACGUCCCUGAGAAGCCGUGCUUCAUGUGCCGGCUGAGGCACCCGGAGGAGACGCUGACCCGCCUGUGCCGCUGCACGACGCUGCUCGUGCACCAGGAGUGCUGGGAGAGCUGGCUGGCCUCUUCGGGCGAGGACAAGUGCCCUCUGUGCGGCGAGCCGUACAAGCUGCGGCGGCACUCGCCCUACAGCGCGCUGGGCGGCCUGUGGGUCUGGAGCACCGGCCACGCUAGCAAGGUGCAGAUGCUGACUCUGCUCCUGCUGGCGGCGGCGGCGACUGACGCCGUGCUGCUCGGACUGCACGUGGCGCGGGCCAAGUCCUUGAGCUGGCUCGCGCUCCUCGCCAGCGCCUCUCUCGUGGUCCAGGCGGCGGUGCUGAGGAGGCUGUGGUCCAAGAGCCACGUCUCCUUCAGCAGGUGGCUCGCCGGCACGACCACCGUCACUCUCCUGGAGCCGCCCGCCGAGGACCGCUGACCUCCGGCUCUGCCUCUACCUCUACCUCUACCCUCCUUCCUCCUUCCUCCUUCCUCCUCUACUUCUACCUCCUCCCUCCUUCCUCCUCUACCUCUACAUCUACCCUCCUUCCUCCUUCCUCCUUCCGCACCACACGCACGCACAUGCAGCAUCGCAAAAGAGAAUGAAUAAAUGCAGUGUAAUCUUUGUGUUCAUGCUGCAUAAGUGA